CGCCGAGCAGUCGCUUCUAUAACGGUCCGUCCGUCGGUUGGAUCACCUGCUACGAUCAGUCCGUCUUCGCGUGCGUGCAGUUGCUGCUCAAAUCUCGGAAACUCGAAAGCGGGUCGAGAUUGGUUUUACUUCUGCUUUUUCUUUUGUCGUGUUGCGUACCGUGGCAGGGAACUCCACCGGUGAUUCCCUCUGUUUUGUGUUGUGUAGUAGUUUUCAGCAAAGUGUUUUGUGAUACUGAGUGAGAAAUAGUGAAAACCUCUCGAAUCUUGUUAAGAUAAAAAGGACUUCAUCAUGCUUCCGUUGCUAUGCUUAGCACUUGUGCUGAGCACUUUGUACACUUCGAAUGCCCUCCCGAACGGUGCACCGACGUCAGUAUGUGACAAUAUGCUGCCAUUCCACGGCGGAGGAAUCCCACCACUAACGACAAAGACACCAUUCCUGAUAACACCUCAAUCGUCCGUGAUCGGAAGUGGUCAGCUACUGAAAAUAGACAUCGAGUCUUUCCCGGCAAAUAUCGUGUUCAAGGGCUUCAUGAUCCAGGCUCGGUCCGCCAAUCCGCCACACAACAUUGUUGGCCGAUUCGAGAACUCGGAUGCUGCCGCUAUCAAGUUAAUCGAAUGCGAAGCGGCCGAAGAUACGGCUACCCACACCAACACCAAUCCAAAGCAAGAGCUAACGCUCGAGUGGACGGCACCGGAUAACUUUGUUGGUGAUGUGAUCUUCAAUGCGACCAUUGCGCAGGACUAUGACAAAUUUUGGGUUGGCAUUCCAUCGGAGAAGGUGCGCGUUGUUGCCAGCUCUUCGACGGUAGCGCCUGGACAAACAACGAGACGGCAACCUUCAACCACGACCACCGUUCCACCGUACCGUCCGGCACAAACAUCCGCUCCGAUCGCUAGCGAUCCCAUCUACAACGGUUGCGGUGAGACCAAGGGUUGCUUCGGAUUCCCCGAAGGAUGCGUUGAAACCGGAAACUGUCGCGCGGUUACUACGAUCACCGUGCUAGGAAAUCGCUACGUGUUCGAGAUGAAAGCAGGACACAAUCGCCCAGCAUACGUGGCUGUUGGACUGUCGAAUGAUGCCAAGAUGGGAGACGAUUCCGUAAUUGAAUGUGUACCGGAGCAAGGCACAGUAAACGUGUACGCUUCCUGGACCACUGUUGGUCCCUACGGUUCUACCCGUUUAGGAGUUCCUCAAAACAUCUUCUCCGUGGUGGAAAAAUCCUAUACCGAUGGAACUAUCUACUGCAAGGUGGAACGUGAUGCCGUCAGUAUGGUCAAGGGGCAGAAGUUUGAUCUCGUAAACGAAAAGUACCACCUUCUGCUUGCAUCCGGAUCCUCGGUAGAAUCAACCAAUGUGAACUAUCACGAUAUUGGUCGCCACGUAUCGGGAAGUCCUCAGUCACUGGCAGAGGUAGGACCGGUGCAGGGUUCAUCGAAGUUGUUGCUGCGUUUGCACGGUGCCUUCAUGAUAACCGCUUGGAUCGGUACGGCCUCGCUUGGUAUUUUGAUUGCACGGUACUUCCGUCAAACGUGGGUCGGUAGUCAAUUGUGUGGCAAGGAUCAGUGGUUUGCGUGGCAUCGAUUCCUGAUGGUUCUCACAUGGGCCCUUACCGUCGCUGGUAUCGUGGUGAUCUUUGUUGAGAUUGGCGGCUGGUCGCAGGUGCGGAACCCACACGCCAUUCUCGGUAUCGUAACAACGGUGCUAUGCUUCCUGCAACCGAUCGGUGCGUUCUUCCGACCACACCCCGGUUCGAGCAAGCGACCGAUCUUCAACUGGCUGCACUGGCUGGGUGGCAAUCUGGCCCACGUGAUUGCCAUCGUUGCUAUCUUUUUCGCUGUGCAGCUACAGAAGGCCGAGCUACCGGAAUGGAUGGAUUUCAUUCUCGUUGCUUUCGUGGCGUUCCACGUGCUCAUGCAUUUGCUGUUGUCCAUAUUCUCAUGGAUACAGAUUGGUGGCUGCGUUAGCGAGCGAAGAAGUGGUCAGCGUGUCACCUCCUUCCCGAUGGCUGAUAUGACACCUUCCCGCAACUCCAUGAGCUCUAGCGAACGCAAACAGGACGCUGCCUUCUCGGGCUUCCGCAAAUCGAUGCUGUUCCUGUACGUUCUGAUCGUCCUCGGGCUGGUGAUUGCAUUGGUCGUGAUUAUUGUGCUCGCCCCCAUCGAAACGGCCUACAACAACAUCAAGGAUCAGAUUAUGAACUAAAAUACUAAGCCUACCGUGCGCGGACGGACUUCGAACGGAGAUGCAAAUACGGUUUGCAGGUCGAACAGGAAGAAGUGUGCGUUUUAACCCCAACUGUGUAGCUGUGUAUAUUGUAAAACUGUAAAACUGCCUUCAGCAAGCUUCCCCGUAAUGUAACGAUGCAACUCAGCAUGCUAACUGUCUAGUGUCCAAAACCAUUUUUUUCUGUUUUGUAAAAAGGUGUUGACCGUUAGCGAGUAUCCCGGAACCAGAUAUCGGUGUUAUGCUAUUGCAUUUGCAACACGGUUGCCUUCAACCAUGCGGCGUUUGUUCGUCGAUUCAAGUAACAGGUGCACCACACGUUGUAGUAUCUCGCGAGAAUAUAGCGGUUAAGGGCGGCUGAACCGAUUUUGGAAGGUCCCUUCCGCGCUUUGUAUAAUAGGCAUUAUAUUUAUAUACAGCUGUUGAACAACGUGUUAACUGUCAGGUGCAGCUCUGAAGGACAGAGUGCGUGUUGUAAUGGAUUUGCGCUGAGUGGACGUUAGUUGAUUCCGUCAUUUUUGUUUCUGUACAACCCCUCUGGUAUCCUUUUGGUAGCGUGUUAGAAGAUGUUAAAUUUUCAUUCCGAAAUAUUUGCUCAAAGUUCUAUCCCUUCCAAUACAAUUGAAUCUGCCUUCAGAAAACGCACAGGCACAACACACACGAAACAAGAAAACACUUAAUAUGGUAUUAUGCGAGAUGCUGCUGCGCAUUCCAGUGGCAAGUUGUCAUUAAGUUCGUAUUUAAGUCGAAACAUAAUAAAUGUUGCCAUCGCUGAAACGA